AGACCCGACGGAAUACAGCUCAGUCAGCGGGUCGCAGUGAGCUGACUACCGCAUCUGUCGAGUGGCUUUGCGGGACGGGUUUAAAGGACUAGCUUGGGACUUGGAGUGGAGAUGGCCGGCCGUUCUGGAAAUGAAGAUCUAUUUGACAAUAUUCUUUUGGCGGAUGAAAGGUUCCGAGGGGAGGGCUACCAGGAGGGAUUUGAGAGAGGGUCCCGGCGAGGACUGCAGGAUGGCCGCAGACAUGGAGCCUCUCAUGGGGCCAGGCUGUCCUCUGAGAUUUCCUUCUGUUAUGGGUUCGCCGUCACAUGGAGGUGUCUCCUCCAACAUAACGCAGAUGUCAAAUCAAGGAAGCGUUUGAAAGCCCUGGAGGCUCUGCUGGCUUUGAUCCAGAACUCCCCUCAUGAUGAUCCGCAGUCUGCACAGCUACAGGAGCACAUGGAGAGACUUCGUGCCAAGUUCAGACAGGUCUGCUCGAUGCUCAGUGUCCCGGCCGACUUCAACGACUACAUCAGAGCCUCUGAUGGGACUUCUUUCUGAAUGCCUGGUGAUGGUGAUGAGGAGGACCUCAGCGUCUGCACAGAGAGGGAGGGGAGCUGCUAUCGGUCUCCCAGGCGCCUGUGGUUGGUCUGCAGUGGAGUGUGGAGCGUGACUGGGUUUGACCGUCCUUCCCUUUCUGGUGGGAAGGUCCACGGAGCUCACUGAAGUGGACCAUCUGAGUCGCUCUAACUGUUGAACUUGCAGAGUCUGGAACUCGGCCCCAGUUGGACUUUAGAAACCGGGACCUGGAGAAAGAGAUUUUUGUUUAAAUGAGUGGGUUUCUUGCGGUGAUGUUUAAGGAGCUGAAUUUAAAGUCGCAGCAGCAAAAUAAAAUCUUGGAACAAACUUUU